AUGAUGAAUUUUGAAGUCAGCAGCACCAAACAGAUUGGAGUCGGCCUGACCGCGUUUGGCGUGUUUUUUAUCUUUCUUGGCAUUCUUAUGUUUCUCGAUGCCGCAUUGCUAGCCAUUGGAAAUCUUCUGUUCAUAGUUGGAAUCACCUUUGUGAUUGGUAUCCAGCGAACCCUUAUAUUUUUCUUCGAAGUUCGAAAACUGAAGGGUAGCAUACUUUUUUUCGGCGGUAUAUUCAUCGUUUUGUUUGGCUGGCCACUCUUCGGAAUCAUUGCUGAACUCUGGGGAUUCGUUCUACUUUUUGGUGGCUUUCUACCUGGAAUUGUUAAUUUGCUACGAAGUAUUCCAGGAGUUAGCACUCUUACAUAUCUUCCAGGCAUUAGGCAGAUUUUUGAUCGACUAACACCGCAAUCGAAAUACCCCAUCUAG